CUGCGGCGCGGCGACUACCCCGACCACCAGCAGUGGAUGGGCCUCAGCGAGUCGGUCCGCUCCUGCCGCCUCAUCCCCCACACUGGCUCCCACCGGAUCAGACUCUACGAGAGGGAAGAUUACAGAGGCCAGAUGGUGGAGUUCACUGAGGACUGCUCCUCGCUUCAGGACCGCUUCCACUCCAAUGAAAUUUACUCCCUCAAUGUGCUAGAGGGCUCUUGGGUCCUCUAUGAGAUGCCUAACUACAGAGGGCAGCAGUACCUGCUGAGGCCUGGAGACUACAGGCGCUACCACGACUGGGGGGCCACGAGUGCCAGAGUGGGCUCUUUGAGGAGAGUCAUGGAUUUCUACUGAAAUAAGUUCUUCAUCAUUUCUCAAU